CCGGUCACGGUCUUCGCGUCUUUUUCUAUCAACAAAGCCUUUAUCUGCCCUUUGCCUGCUACUCCGGCCUUCUCUGUCAUUGCUAGAAUCCGGCACACGUUGUCCUUGUUCUGUACCAAUGAACGAUUCCGGUCCGAGCACGCCCGCGGACGUGGCGAGCGCGCCCUCUGGUGCCGCCUCCUCGACAUCCGCAACAAUCACUUCUGAUCCUCAGGCCGCCUACGAGAAAGAGCGGGUCCAAACCCUGCUGCAAUCUGAUGUCGGUGUCGAGUUACUUCUGAAACGGCUGAAGCUCAGUAUCGGGUCCGGCAAGGAAUUCUCGACCUUUCUGAAAAAGCGCGCCGCUGCAGAAGAUGACAGCGCGACGGCUCUCAAGCGACUUGUCCGCACAACACAGGAAGCUAUUCGCAAACCCGAUGGUCGUCAAGACUCGUUCUCCGCGCGCCUGGAAGAAACCCUGCGGAUCCACGAGCAACUGGCAGAACACAGCAGCAAGUUCGCGGCAUUCGUCGGUCAGAUGCACGACCAUCUCGCAGAUCUGUGCAAGGAGACCGAACGAUCGAGAAAAAUGCUCAAGGAGAAAGGGUUGAGGGACGAAAAGAACGUGAUUGAUGCCGAGCAGACCGCCAUCAAAUCGCAGACAAAGUACAACACACUGGCCGAGGAAUUUGAUCGCGUGCGUACCGGCGAUCCUACGAAGCGCUCAAUGAAGUUCAAGAGCAACAAAAAUGGACCACAGUACGAGGAAGAGCUUCACAGAAAAGUCAUGGCCGCCGAAUCCGAAUACAAACAAAAGGUGCAGACUGCCCAGUCUAUGCUCCGCGAUUUGCUAAAUGUGCAGCGGCCAGAUACAGUCCGUCAGCUACGCAGCACUCUCGAGACCUUUGACUCUGGCCUCACGCUCCAGUUCCAGCGCUACACAAACCUCUGCGAGGCUCUCUUUCUCAGCAAGGGUCUGGCGGUCAGCCCGAUGAAGGCUGACGAAUUUGGCGCCAGGAGUAUUUCUGACAUGUCGAGCGAGGUUGAUAACGAUACUGAUUUCCUCAAAUAUGUCUUACAUGAAGGCAGUGGAAAGGUUCUGCGACGUAAGGAGGUCGAGUUCAAACAACACAAGGCCGUCGGAGGCAGCUCAUCCUCCACCUCCCGGCCAAAGACGACCACCGUCGCCGGGGCGACCGUCGCAGGCACUGUAUCGCAGCCAUCUAGUCGUAAUGUCUCUGGUGCGACUGCACCAAAACAAAUAACAUCAGCAUCAGCAGCAGCAUCAGCCGCCGCCGCUGCGCCGUCGUCGUCGCCCGCACCCGCACAGCAGAAAUUCAUUCCCUCGACUGCCUCGGUACCGAGCUCUUCCGCGUCGAACGGUUCGUCAGCUCCAGGCCCAUACAAGACAUCGUCCAUGCUGCUUGCCGACAAUCCUCCGCAGCAGCCAAAAGCAGCGCCGGUCGCUGCAGUCUCGCCAUAUGUACCGAUUCCGAUCCCGCCGGUUCCGAACGGAAACAAGAGCGCUAGCAGCCCGGUAAUCGGCAGCACCAACAACGUGAGCAACAACGGUGAACCCAGCAAGGCCGUGCCACCAGAGGUCUCGUCGCCGUACAUGGAGUCUACGCCUAGCGUGCCAACUCCGCAGUACGGUCGGGUGUUUGGCGUCCCGCUCGAGGUGCUGAUGGAAGAGGAGCGGGUGCAGCUGAACGUUGAGAACGUGAUCGCACCGGCGAUGGUGCUCAAGCUGAUUGAGGCCGUGGACAAGUACGGUCUUGACAAGGAAGGUAUAUAUAACCUGCAGGGCUCGUCGCAGGAGAUUGAGCACAUCCAGAGCUUGUUCGAGAGCACGAAUCCGCUGUAUGUCGAGUUGGGUGAUUUGAGCAUGAUCCACAACGACGUGUAUGCGGUCGGUACAACGUUGAAGCUGUACUUCAAGGCUCUGCCGGAUUCGCUAUUCACCGACGUCGCCUACGACAAAUUUGUCGAGGCGUCCAAGAUCACGGACGAUAACCUGCGACGGGACAGUAUGCAUUACCUGGUGAACGACCUUCCUGACUCGAACUACACGACGUUGCGGUACCUGAUUCUGCAUCUGUCGCGGGUGCAGGACAACUUCAGGGUGAACAAGAUGACGAUUAGAAAUCUGGCAAAGGAAUGGGGUACGAUUCUGAUGAGCGGUGACCCGCGUGACGCGGAGUCCCAUGCGAUUGUCGUCAGCACGAUCCUGACCAACUGCUACUUGAUCUUUGCCAGUUAAUUCUCUCUUAUUUCGUGUAUGCUAUUUCUUUUCAAAGGGCAUUUUGUACAAACAGUGUGAAUUCUAGUUGAUAGUAAUAAUAAUCGAUAAUCAGUGGAUGUAAGAAAGUGGCUGGAGGGUUUAAACUUUAAGCUCGGCGAGCAGCAAGCCCGGUCGUUUACCUCUCCUCCUCCUUCCUGCUACUCCUCG